AUGCAGGAUGCCCCAAUUGCAAAAAUUGAUUGUUGUGCUUCAAUCAAUCUGUUAACCAUACUAAGUGAUCAUACCCUGACGCUUUGUGAUGCGGAACAAUUAGAACGUGUCGGAUUUAAUCUGCCCUGUCGAGAUGUGGUCACGUUCAAUCUGAACACAUUGGAAAACGAAACUGCUAAACUUUCCUUAGCAUUUUCUUCAAAACGUAUUCAUAUUUACUUACUGACCACCACAAGUGUAGAGCUCGUGUUCGACAUACUACUCAAUUUCGUUCCAAAGUCUUUGUGCGUUACAACCAAUUUUCUUGGUGUCGUGGUGUCUAACCAGUAUUUGUCGGUGAAUUUACACACAAAAGCAGUGACGGAAUUGUUGCAAUUCGAUCCGACUGCUGUUAGAGCAUUUAUCCGUGCUGUGACUAAGGAUGUUUUUCUUAUUGCCGGUCCCGGUUCACUGGGAGUGAUUGUCGAUGCGACUGGUACUUCUCAGCGUCCCCCAAUUCAAAUGUCCCCAAACGUACUAGACGUUUUUGUUUGGAAAGAUUACGUUUAUACCGUUACGGAUGAAUUUUUUACUAUACACAGCCUGCUCAGUCAAACUCAGCUUCAAACUGUUCCACUCAAUAAUGCCACAUCGGCUUGCUUUGCAUCCGACGCGAUGCAUUUCGUUUUUGUUGGCACUUGGUUAGCCAACUGCUCGAAAGCCGACCUGGUGGCUAUCGGUCCGGAACGCUGGGAUCAGUUUGCUCGCAAAUUGAUUCUUGCGGAUUGCAUGAACGAGGCCAGACGAUUGUUGGCUGAUGAGAAACAUCGAUUGAAUAUCUUAAUUCAACAGCGUCCGGCCAGCAGCAAAAAUGAACAAAACAUAUUUGUAAAGCGUUCUAGACGUCUUUUCGGUUUGCUAGGUUUCUAUCACUUUGAAAAAGGGGAUUUCAAAUCUGCCCAAAUGUAUUUUGAAAAAGCGGUGGUCGAUAUUCGUGAGCUUCUUUAUCGUUACGAGGAUCUACUCCCGAAAGGCUACACAUUCGAACCAGACCCCUUCUAUAUCCUGUGCGCAGCGGAUCCAAUUGGACAUGAUCAGAUGUCCAGGGCGUCUACCACCGGUGUCCGAUCGGUUACAGAUUUGUGCCUUUUGCACACCCUGACCGAGGCUAGUCGACUGUCUGUGUCCAAGUCAGAUGAUGCAAGUCCCGAUCCGGAGGUCACAUCACAAUGGCUUGUACGUUAUGAUAAAUUUCUAUUCGAUUUUCUACAAAAGCACCACAAGAGCAAGUUCACGGAGGCUUCUUGUCACCGACCAUCCUUGUGA